AUGAACACCCAACUGGCGAUGGAGACUCUGGGCGACCUCCACGGGGUGAGCCAUGAGCCGGGCCCCGAUCUGCUCCGGAACGCCCACCCCCGCGGCGGCGGCGGCGGCGGCCAGAGCAACCCCUUGGCCCACGGCGCUCGCCCGCUGGGCAUGGCCGCCCUCCUGGACGGAGGGGACUACGCGCACCACCGGAGCGGCGCGGAGCACCCUUUGGGGGGCCCUCUGCACCCCACCAUCACCAUGGCUUGCGAGACCCCGCCUGGCCUGAGCAUGAGCAGCACCUACACCACCCUGACGCCCCUGCAGCCGCUCCCGCCCAUCUCCACCGUCGCGGACAAAUUCCCCCACCAUCACCAUCACCCCCACCACCCCCACCACCCGUCUCAGCACCCCCAUCAUCCUCACCAGCGGCUGUCGGGCAACGUGAGCGGGAGCUUCACCCUCAUGCGGGACGAAAGGAGCCUGGCCGCGUCCAUGAACAACCUGUACUCGCCCUACCACACCAAAGACGUCCCCGGCAUGGGGCAGCGCCUCUCUCCGCUCUCCGGCUCCGGCCUGGGCGGGCUGCACGGCUCCCAGCAAGGGCUCCCCCACUACGCGCACCCGGGAGCCGCCGCCGAGAAGAUGCUGGCCCCCAACGGCUACGAAGCGCAUCACCCUGCCCUGCUGGCCAGGCACGGCGAGCAGCACCUGACGCCGACCUCUGCUCCCGGCAUGGGGCCUCUCCACGGGAUCCCGCACCACCCCCACGCCCACCUGAGCGCGCCGGGCCACGGGCAGAUCCUGGGUGCCGGGCCCCGGGAAGCCCACCCGGGAGCGGCGGCGGCGGCGGGAGCAGCAGCGGCGGCCUCCGGGCAGCUCAACGGCGGCGGGAGCGGCUCGGGGCAGAUGGAGGAGAUCAACACCAAAGAAGUCGCCCAGAGGAUCACCACCGAGCUCAAGCGCUACAGCAUCCCGCAAGCCAUCUUCGCCCAGCGCGUCCUCUGCCGCUCCCAGGGGACGCUCUCGGACCUCCUGAGGAACCCCAAGCCCUGGAGCAAGCUCAAGUCCGGCAGAGAGACUUUCCGCAGGAUGUGGAAGUGGCUACAGGAGCCCGAAUUCCAGAGGAUGUCCGCGCUCAGGCUGGCAGGUGAGCGGCGGGGAUGGGGUGGGAGGGAGGCAGCAGCGGGCCGACGCGAGGUGGGGGGCUGCACACGCAAGGGGCUCUCUCGGCUUUGUUCCCCUUCGGCCAGCUCGGCCAAAACGCCCCCUGCACCGUUCCCAAACAAAGCGCACCAGCCCGAAGAUUGAGGAUGGAGUGGGGGGGGUGGCCACUGGGGGAGAGGGGUGUGUAGUGUCGUUGCGGUGCCUUCAGGAGCGAGGGAGGGACCUCUCCGCGCGGCCUUUUUUUCUUGUCGCUCCCUGGCCGCGGAUCCGGCUGAUCUUCCGAGGCGCAGAGCUGGCCUACAGCGCUUUGUGGCGCGUCAGGAUGGGGCAGGAAUCGGGGCCACGUGGGAAGCCCCCCUCCCGCCGAAAGCGUUUACCACGCGCUCUCCUCGCGUCCGGAGCCGCACGGUUGUGCCAAGGGGCUGCGGCAGACACACACACACACACACACACACACACGUGUGGCCACUGCAAGAGGCGGCGGCCGAUGGCUGCAGCUCUGGCGUUUUCACCCAAACGUUCUCGGUCCUCCUGCUGUCCUGCUCCUUCUAGCGUGGAGGCCUCCUCUUACACGCGUGCGCCGCGGAGUGUCUUCCAGUCUGUCCGGAUUAAUGUCCAAGGUGGUGGCUGCAGGUCCCUUUGGAUCGCGUUCAGCGCAUAAUUCCUUGCAAACAGAGCUCGUUACUGUGUUGAUUUUUGGACCUCCCGCCCGCCUGCCCCUUGGACGUGUUCUUUUGCUUUGCUUUUCAGCAAAUACAGUAAUAGCCAACGGUUUGCCCACAAAAUUUUCCAGAAGCCAAAGUCGGGAGCUUCCCUAGCUGGCACCUCCGAGGGCGAGGAGGGUCAGGCGAAUGGCUGGCCUGGGAAGGGGUUUCUUCCACCUCCUUGACCCCACAGGUCUCUGUUACGUAGGAGAGGCAUUGGGCACAGCUGGCUCUCUCUCUGCAGGGUCUCUCGGCUGUGUGGAUGGAAAGAGAAACGAGGCGAGUUGUUCGGGCUGAACUCCCUGGUGAAAGGCUGGCCUGGCGCGGUGGUGGAGGAGCGCGCAGGUCUCGCGCAGGUGGCGCCUGUGCGCUUCUGAGCAGCGGCGCCUGGAAGAGGCGAGGAAGUUCCUGGCUUUUGGAGGCUCUGGCUUCUCGCCCUGGAAGACAGCUCUUGUUUCCCUCCGGGCUCGGCCUGCUGCCUGCAACCCGGCAAAAGCUUUUAACAGCCCGCAAAACUGAGGCUGGCGAAACGGCCCUUUGACUGGGGGAAGUCCAAGGCUGAGGAGACCCGAGCCGUCGAGGCUCACAAGCAAGAACAGCGCUUGCCGGGAAAAGUCGUGGAAGGAUGCGGCAAAAGUUGCGCAAAGCGUGCGCAUCACCCCCUGCUCCGUCCUGCCUUUCAUGAGUGCCCGGCUGGAGGCGCUUUGGACGGCUUUCCCGCUGCCAAGAGGCUGCUUCCGUGGGGAGGGCGGCUGGGCGGGGAGAGAAGAGAUUCCCCUUCGAUUAUUGGGAGGGGAUUUGCAUAGAUCGAUACUGUAAGGAAACAACCCUUGAUCUCGGAAUCACUCGACACGCCCUUUCCUCGAGAGGGAAGUCGGUGCGCGCGCGCAAAGCAAUCCUCGUGGCUGGAACUGGGAGGUUGCAUGCAUUUUUGUAAUGCAGUUAUGAAAUAUAUUUCGUUAUUUUUUAUUAUAUUUUAUUAUCUAAUAAUUAUGAGUCCAUCCUAUAUGUUACAGCCGAGGCUGUAUAAGACUACGGGAUUUUCUACCCCGCUUUUCCCCUGAUCAUUUCUGCUGGGAACGAACGACGAGUGAGGAGCCUGAAGCUCCCUGCUUGGCCAUUUUUGCUCCACUAAUCCCUGGCAGCUCCAGGGCGGAUUGUGGCCACGAGGCGGUGACACCCCCGAGACGCAGCAGAGAAGGCGCCUGCGGCGUCCGAGGCGGCUUCCCCGCGGUGCCGGCGGCCCAGAGGUCUGUCUUCUAGGAAGGCUUUCUCCUUCCUCCCCGGUGGCUCCUCGGGGAGGCCGGGCAGGUUCUGGACCGCCUUCCCGCGCCCCCUCGCCCCGCCGCCGCUUUUCCUGGCUUCGAGCAGAGCCAAGCCAAGCAAUCUGCGGCAAAUGCACCCACGAUCGAUUUUAUUUUGUGCAGGUUUUAAAGGCGAGAUGAUCUUCCUAAGUGGCAAAAAUCUGCGCCGAUUGAUAUUGAUGUAUGAACAUCAGUUCGAAACGUCGUAA